CUGCCAGGCUCUCCAGUCGCGUCUAGAGAUCAUCGAUCUACCCAGGCGGAGCUGUCGACCUCGGCUGCAAGCGGAAUCCCGGGCCGUACCAUGGCGGAGAAGACUCAAAAGAGUGUGAAGAUUGCUCCCGGAGCAGUUGUAUGUGUAGAAAGCGAAAUCCGAGGAGAUGUGACUAUAGGGCCCAGGACGGUGAUCCACCCCAAAGCGCGAAUCAUUGCCGAGGCCGGGCCCAUAGUGAUCGGUGAAGGGAACCUGAUCGAAGAGCAGGCUCUCAUCAUAAACGCCCACCCAGAGAACAUAACCCCAGAUGUGGAAGACCCCGAGCCCAAGCCUAUGGUCAUUGGCACCAAUAAUGUGUUCGAAGUUGGCUGUUAUUCGCAAGCUAUGAAAAUGGGAGAUAACAACGUCAUUGAAUCGAAAGCAUAUGUCGGCAGAAAUGUCAUACUGACAAGUGGUUGCAUCAUUGGGGCUUGUUGCAACCUCAACACUUUUGAAGUCAUCCCGGAGAACACAGUGAUCUACGGUGCAGACUGCCUCCGGAGGGUGCAGACCGAGCGGCCGCAGCCCCAGACACUACAGCUGGAUUUCUUGAUGAAAAUCUUGCCAAAUUACCACCACCUAAAGAAGACUAUGAAAGGAAGCUCAACGCCAGUUAAGAACUAAGACAGUGUGCAUCAUCAACGUUUUUGUCUUUGACAACUGUCUUUUGAAAGGGCCACAGUGUUUGUACACUCUUAGUGGCUCACAGAAUAAUACCUGUUGACUUUAUUUUGUAAAAUUGAGUUCGAAAAGUAAUGGAUUUUUGUUUUAACUGUUGUCUAUAAUUUAUAUAAAGUGCUUUAUUUUCCUAUAUCCUUGCUCCUUUUCAGAAAAUUCACACACUUAGCUUUUCUUUUGCUAUACACAAUGUUGACCACAAAUUUUGGUUAUGUAAAAGACUACCCAUGAUAAAAAAGUAGGGGGUCACGUUGUUUUUGUUUCUAUGCUAGCAUAUACUAAACCAAACAAAAAAUGCUGAUGGCAGGACUUAUAGUGGGAAUACUUUAAUUAGUUUUUUUACUUUCAUUACUCUAACCAAAAAUUGCUGUCUUCAUUUUUAUUGUGUACUAGCUGUAUUAAAAUUUCUGUGUUUACCUUU